AUGAGACAUUGGUUACUGAGCCUAGGGGCGCUCCUCGCCAGUGGGGUAUCAAUCAACGCGAAAUUCUGUCGCUGCCAGCCCAGCCAACCUUGUUGGCCAAAUGAAGCAGCCUGGACUGCACUGAACACUUCCGUCAAUGGUAAUCUGGUUACAGUGAAGCCACUCGCAUACCCUUGCCAUGGCGCGAACUACAAUGAUUCCGAGUGUGCUGUUAUAAAGGAGAAUACACACAAUUCAACCUACAGAUCAGCUCAACCAGGUGCCCUUCAAUGGGAAAACUGGGAAACAUGGCCUGAAGAAGACGAGCAAUGCUACGUCGAGACCCUUCAGUCAACACCAUGCAAACAAGGUCGUAUCUCACUCUUCUCCAUCAUAGCCCAAACAGCAGAACAUAUUCAAGCGGCCGUCAAAUUCGCAGCUCAUCACAAUAUCAAGCUCGUUGUCAAGAACACCGGACACGACUUUCUUGGCCGGUCUUCUGCGCCGCAUUCUCUACAGAUUUUCACACAUGGAUUCAAAGAUAUCUCCAUUGCUGAUCAAUUUCUCCCCAAGACAUCCGACGGGACCGCCACAUCGGAGAAUAUCAAGACCGUGACUCUGGGCGCCGGUGUUCAGCUGCACGAGAUGUAUGCGUAUCUAGGCUCGAAGGGUCUGAUGGUCACCGGAGGCGCCUCAAACACAGUCGGUGUCGCUGGGGGCUAUAUACAAGGAGGCGGGCAUUCUUUUCUGGGCUCGCUGCACGGGAUGGCAAGUGACAAUGCGCUCGAGUUCCAGGUUGUUCUUGCAGAUGGCUCACUCGUAUUUGCAAACUCCUAUCAAAAUGCCGAUCUCUUCUAUGCAUUACGAGGCGGUGGUGGCGGGUCAUUUGGCGUGGUUGUCAGCGUGACUGUCAAGGCCUAUCCUGACUACCCUGUGGUAGUCGCGAUCACGAACUACAGCACUACAGCCGCUGAGCCUUUCUGGAAUGGUGUUGAUGCCUUCCAGAAGCAUAUUGUGCGUCUCAGUGAUCAUGGUGGCUCGGGCUGGUAUGGCAUUAUCCCCGAUUCCAGCACGGAGGUCGCAGGACUGUCGACAUUCUUAGUCUUCGAUACAUUCGUUAACCAAACAAACACCGAGUCCAUCGGGGACCUCAUGUCGCCAAUUUACGCAGACUUGGAAAAUGCUACCGGGAUGGCACCGCUACAUGAUAUUCUGGCAUUUCCUUCUAUGUCAAGUAUGUACUUGACAACCCUGCUAGGCGACGAUACGACCGGUCUCCAAAUGCGGUUCGGGUCACGACUUGUAUCGCGCUCCUUUUUUGAGUCAGGAGACUCCUCGAAGCUCACUCAGGGUCUCUCGGGUCUCACUUUUGGCCCGGGGGAAGCGGCUGUCGGCAUUCUUGCUGGUGGUCAAGUUUCCAAAAAUCGUCAUAUCGAGUCUGGGCUUAACCCUGCGUGGCGGGAUACCAUGGUUCAUGUUAUCAUCGCGCGAUAUAUGAGCACGAAUAUGACUUUUGAGCAGCAGGAAGCUGUGGCUUCCAAUAUCACGGAACAUGAUGUGCCUAUGCUCAGAUCGCUUGAGCCGGGGAAGAUGGGUGCCUAUGGGAAUGAAGCUGAUGCGGAUGAAUUGGAAUUCCAGCAAUCAUUCUGGGGGAAGCCUAUCCUCGUUUACUGGAUAUUAAGAAGGCGAGGGAUCCGGAUGAUCUUUUUAUUGCUAGGAAAGGCGUGGGGAGUGAGAGAUGGGAUGAUGGUGGACUUUGCCGUGUUUCCUAGUCCGUGCUGCAGCUUUAGGCCUCAAAAUACUCCUUUUGUUCCAAAUUCACAUUUCACUGUGCCUCGAGGCAGAUUAAUUUUGCCUCCGUCUUACGUUUACGGCGUAAAGACCAAAGCCCUCACCUCCACACUGAUCCUGGGACAAACAUCAUCUGGCGCAUUGGGCAAUGCAAAUGAUGUAUGA